AUGAUGUCCUCCGCCAACGAGGAGGAUCCCUUCCUCCAAGUCCAGCAAGAUGUCCUCGCCCAGCUGGAUUCCACCCGGCCCCUAUUCACCUCCUACCUCCGCAUCCGCUCCCUCUCCACGUCCCCGACGUCCCCCGAACUGGCCUCCGCCCGCUCCGACCUCGAAUCCGCCCUCGAGUCCCUCGCCGAAGACCUCGCCGACCUAGUCGAGUCCGUCAAGGCCGUCGAGUCGGACCCGGCCUCCUUCGGCCUCUCCGCGUCCGAGGUCACCCGCCGCAAGAGGCUGGUCCAGGAGGUCGGCGGCGAGGUGGAGGACAUGCGCGACGAGCUGGCCAAGAAGCUCGGCGAGGCCGCUUCAUCGUCCGCAAAGGGCAAGGGAGCCUCGUCAGACCUGCCGGACCCGAGCUCCUUCGCGAUACCCGACGGCGACGGCGGCGACGGGUACGCGGAGUUUGAGCAGCAGCAGCAGCUCGAGAUGAUGCGCCAGCAGGACACGCACCUCGACGGCGUGUUCCAGACGGUGGGGAACCUGAGGCGGCAGGCCGACGACAUGGGUCGCGAGCUCGAGGAGCAGCGCGAGAUGCUCGAGGUCGUCGACAGCGUCGCGGACCGCGUCGGGGGCAGGUUGCAGACGGGCGUGCAGAAGCUGAACUACGUCAUGCGCCGGAACGAGGAUCGGUUGAGCAGCUGCUGCAUUGCGGUGCUCAUCUUUGUGCUCAUUCUGCUGCUCGUUUUGUUGUUGAUCCUGUAG